AGUGUCAUUUAUCACCCUCCUGGCUCUCCACACACACCAGUUUCACCACAGUAUGGCCAAGCUGCUGCCCCCUCACUCUGGACUGGGACCACUGGUCAUUGGCUCGCGGGCUCAAACGGCUCCGAGCAUUACCACACACUCCUACACAGGAGGAAGACAGACAGGUGGGGGGUCCAGGCAGACAUGGAUCCACACAGACAGAAUCCACCCAGUGACGUACCAUCCAGGUCGACGGCUCACCCUGGAGCAGGUGGAGCCUCUGAUCCACAGCAGACUGGCAGACAUCAAGUCAGCCUUCAUGGCGGUGGACCCUGAUGGGACAGGGCUGGUGAGCAAAGAGGAAUUCAAAAGAGUCCUAGAGAGGCUGCUGCAUGUCAGCCAGAGCCAGCUCCACACUGUGCUCCAUGAGGUACGUGAGAGGAGCGGUGAAACUAUGGACUACAUGCAGUUCCUGAGGAGCUUCAGACGAGCUCCCGCGGCCCAGAGAGCCUGCAGCAGCCGCAGCAGUGUGAGGCGUGGUCCACAGAACACUUCCAUGUCCCUGUCUGAGAUACAGAAGCAUCUCAAAGAUAAGAUCGGAGGCAACCUGAGGACCGUGAUCAGAGUGUUCCGCCUGUUUGAUUACAACCGAGAAGGACACAUCCAGCAGCAUGAGUUUCGCCGCAUCCUGGAUAACUACUGCAUCCACCUGACAGACAAGGAAUUUCAGAGGUUGUGGAAGCACUACAGUCCCAAUAACACGUCCACCAUUUCCUAUGAACUAUUCCUGGAGAAGCUAGGCUUUGGCGACAGCCAUAACUUCAGGAUUGCUCCAGUGUGCACUAAGCUAGAGGUGUCCAGCCGAGGGACAACUCCACCUGAGAAAGUCAAACAGAGGAAGCAGACACCAGAAUCACUUUCCCGCUCAUGCGAUGCUCCAUCAGUCCUGCCACACAGGAAGCUGCAGACUCUCUUCUAUUACAAGAUGUGUAUGAACUCUACCCCGGUGUGGCAAGCACUGCAGGCCUUUGACACCACCCACUCUGGCCUGGUAAAACAGGAUGUCCUCAGGGCCGUUCUCAGCAGCUUUAUAUUUCCCAUGAACCCUCACUCCUUCCAGAAGCUGACCAGUCGCUAUGGUGUGAGAGCAACAGGGCCAGUGAGGUGGAAAAACUUCUUGGGCCACUUCAUGAGCCCGCUCAAAGAAGACUGCGACACAAAUCUUCACCCCGACGGGGCCUUUGAGCAGCCUGUCCCAGAUGAAGACAACUUGCAUCUCCAGGACACUUACACUCGACUGAAAGAGAUCUUCCAUCUGUUGGACACGAAGGAGGCAGGUUGGAUCACUCGAGCAGACCUGCGACAUUUGCUGGAGAGACCGGGUGGGACCCAACCCCGAACCUCCCUGCCCCGCCUUCAACACUCACAGAUCACAGAGCUGGUCAAUGCACUGGACCCAGAACACACUGGGGUCAUACAGCUGGCCAGCCUGGAGAGACUCAACCCCAGCAUCAUCUCUGCUCCCACAGCCCCCAACCCGUCCCCAUUACCCUCCCCUGCUAAUGCUGCAGAGCCCCUGGAUGACUCCGAGGAAACUGAAGUCACUGCUGUACGCUUGUAUAAACAUUUGCUAGGAUGUGUGUGUAGGCUUGUUUACUGUACUCGAAGGGUCCAAAAACUAGAAACUCAGCAUACUUGUGGGUUUGAAAAAGUGUCUGUGGCAUCUGCUUCAUGGAGAACAGUGGAGAAUGUACUGCUGGACAAACUGUGUGAGCAACUCAGUUCAGUAGUGGCAGCUCUGAAGCUGUGUGACCCUCGGCACACUGGAUAUGUUGCACAGGAAGAUCUGAAGGAGGUCUUAAGCUGCUAUGGCGUGCCCAUCUCAGACACACACUUCAACAAGCUCUGUGAGACAUCCAGCUGUAGACCUGGCAGUUCUUCUAAGCUUGUUUAUUACACUGGCUUUCUCAAAAACCUGGGUGUACCACUAACAGAUGAAAUACACGCAUCAUCAUGCCACGAGGAGAGUUGCCAUACUGAGAGGCCAUGCACAUCACCUUCGUCAACCCCACAGUCAGUCAGGGGACAGAUGACUCCCUCCAGCCUGCAGGUCGGUCCAGACACCUGCAACAUCUUGGACAUUGUUUUCCAGAGGAUGAGACUGAGGUUAGAGCAACGCCACACCAGCCUGACUGACCGCAUCCAAGUCAUCACCCACAGCUCUGAUGGGACGCUGUCAGAGACAGAUGUACGAAAGAUACUAGAGGACAGCUGGGUCAUCUUGGACAAUGAGAAUUUCAACAAGUUCACUGAACUGCUGGGCUUCAGGGACGGACGGAUGGAGUGCUCGGUGUUCCUGGCGAUGUAUGAGGAGGCCGUGGCCAGGGCCGGGCAGCAGGACUCUGAGGGUCAUGGUGACAAGGAUGAGGUCGACUCCCAGCUUACUUCUGCUGAGCAGUGCCUGGCUGUCAUGAAGACCCGGAUCAAGACCAUCCAUGGGGACAACCUGACAGCGUUCCGCCUGAUGGACAGGAAACGUAAAGGCGUGGUUGACUGCCAUGAUUUCAAGGUGUUGUACAACAGCGUGGGAUUUUUCUACAGGGAGGAAGAGUACCAGCGGCUCCUGGAUCUGAUCGGCCUGCAUCCCGGAAGCAACCUCAACUACACAGAAUUUGUCGACGUUAUUGAAAAUAAUGGCAAGCGCAACAAACAAGGGACACAAACAACUAGUGUACAAGAGCAGCUCCAUGAACUUCUGGCCAGUGAAGCUCGCUACAAGUGGGCAGACAUGUCUAAGGUGCUGUGCCAGUUUGACACAGACGGCCAGGGUUGGAUCCAUAAAAAGAGCCUGAGGGGACUGCUCUUCACCUAUGCACUCCCCCUGAGAUCUGAUGAGUUUGACCAGCUUUGGUCGAGGUAUACCCCAGAGGGGCAGGGCUGUGUAGCGGUUGGUGACUUUCUAGAAAAGCUGGGCUUUCAUCAUGAAGGUGAACUUGGGCCUCGGAGGCAGAAACUGAACCAAACUGUUGCACAACAGGAUGCUGACGGAUCAGUUUCCUCUGAUGCUGCCUCACUGGAGUGUAUAGAACAGACUCUGCAGGACAACUACAAGGGGCUGAGCGACUCACUCACUCACCUGGAGACGAGGGGCGACGGCACAGUGACAGUGGAGCAGCUGUUGAGCCUGUUACACACCUACAGCUGCUCCGUCCAGAGAGAGCAGCUUGUAAAUCACCUGCACAGGCUUAAGGUUUCCAUGGAUGAUGAGUGUAAGAGGCUAGCUUACAUGGAUUUCCUGUCUGCAUUUGACCAUCAACCAGAGAAGUAUGAGCCUCCUCCUGCAUCCCCUGAUGCUGUGCGUCAGAUGGAGUCUUUGGACAGCCUCAGUCCAGGCGUGGCUCUGGCUAGGAUGCAAGAACUAGUUGCUGCCUCAGCAACUAAUCUGUACAAGGCAUUCUUGGCCUUUGACCGGAGUGGGACAGGGAUGAUUAAAUCGCUGGAAUUUCGUCAGGUGCUGGAUAAUUUUUGUGGCCGCCUAUCAGACAAACAGUACAGAUACAUGCUGACCAAACUGGAGCUGGACUAUGAGAACUGCACUGUUAACUGGAAGGACUUCCUUAACAAGUUUCAAUCACAGAGCCCACUGAUGUCAGCAGACAGUUGCCUGAGCAGAACUUGUGAGAAAGGGGCUAAAACCAGAUCAGGACGGACCAAGACCUCUGAAAAUACAGAGCACCUGCAGCAGAUCCAGGAAGUGGUCUCAGGUCACUUGUGUGAAAUCAGCAGAGAGUUGAUGGAUUUGGACCCAUCCAACAGCACAACAGUCUCUAAAGAGCAGUUCAGACAGCUGUGUGAUCGGCACAGCCUGAGACUCACAAAUGAUCAGUUUGAGUGUGUGUGGAGUCAGAUGCCUGUGAAUGAGCAGAAGAAGCUGCAGUACAGAGAGUUUCUGAAGCGAUAUGGUGCUCUGGGCAGGUUCCCCCGUACAGAAACAGGGGGUCCCACAAACAGUGUCCCAUUGGCUUCCCCUGAGCCCAGAGAAACUGCAGGUGCCAUUCUGCAACGCACUAAGUCUGCCCCCCAGUGCACCUCCAGGCGUCCUCUCUCAGUGGGGAGGCCAGGAACAGGAAGCCCGCUGGGCAGCACAGGGAGGACGCUGCGUGGGACGGUGCAGCACUGCUGGAAGGAGAUCCAAAGAAAGUGUGCCGAGGAAGACCCUCAGCAGGAGGGUCACCUCAGCACUACCUCCUUCCUGGAGAUCCUCCACUCUCUCAGCAUCGAUGUGAGUCGGGAGCAGUUUGAGCAUCUGGCUGUGAAGUUUGACAUCAUGAAUAAUGGCUGUGUUUCAUAUCACAACUUCCUCCGUCACUUCCUCCUGAACCUUAAACCAGUGGAGGCCAAGAGGGCAUUUGAGCGUCGUAAACUCCCACCUCCUAUUACACCGACGAGCCAGGGUGUUCUGAGCAAAGACUGUGUGGAGGUCAUGCUGAGGAUCUACGAUGUGGUCUGCUCCUCCUGGACCUCCAUCAGACGUUGCUUCCUGACAUCGGACCACACCCGCACGGGAAUCAUCUCAGUGCGGGACUUCAGGAAGGUGCUGCGCCAUUUCAGCGUGAAUCUGUCGGAGGAGGAGUUCUUCCACCUCAGCUCCUACUUCGAUGCCAACACCACGGGGAAGAUCUGCUACAACAACUUCCUCUGGGCGUUUCUUCACUGACCUUCACUCUGAUGCCUGCAGCUGCUUCAGGAAGCAACCAGCUAGGUAUCGAUGUGAGGAAGGUUCCAUCAGAUCUUUGUGCAGCGAUCAUGGCUGUGUUAUAGAGCCACGGGAGUGACGAGGAGUCUGUCGGAGCAGCAGCGGCUCAUUAGUCACGUGAGUUAAAUGUUCACUGCGUCAGAACUUAUUUGAAAAGUGUUUCCAUGUUCCAGUAAGCGCAGUAACUCUUUUUUUAGAAAAACGCAAAAACUGGCUCAAGUGAGUGGAAAAACUUUUUUGCAAAGUUGAAAAGGUUUGCUUUUAAUUUUGUUUAACCUUUUCUAACGCUAUACUUCAGAACACACAUAAAAUGACUUUGAUGGAGACACAGCUAUAGACCGUAAACGUUUAUCGCAAUCAUCCAGGUCAACUUUUUCGUGGAGACGCUGUUAGCAGCAAAGCUUCAGUCAACUGAUUUGUAAUUUUAGAAUCGGACCAUUGAGCGGUUCAUGGUACAUUUAGAUUGAGCCAAUGUAGUUGCAUCUAUUAUGUUGAAACCGAUUUCCGACUCAUAUUAGUAAAUCUUUACACCACUAAUGUUUUUAAUUUAUUAUUUUUUCCUCUGUGUACCAUAGCUUUAGAAACCAGUGCUCCAGGUGGUACAAUAUCUUGAUAAAGUUGAAUUUAAAUCACAGGACUAGAGUUCUCAUUGAAGAUGUUCAUCCGAAAAGAUUCUGCAUUUCAAACUUGACUGUUUAUCCUCACGGUUUUAUAGUAAGACAUCAUCAGACCAGCAUGUUGUCUGUGUUCUAGGGACUCCAAAUUUUGAAAUGAUGUGCUUGAUGUAUAUUUAUCUGUGUUAUUAAGCUGCAGUGCCUCUAUACACCCUGCGUACAAGUCUUAAACUUAACCCUAAUCCUAACCGUUCCCAUUUAAAAGGUGAAGAUCAGCCAAAAAUGUCCUCAGUUUAAGCACCUAAAA